AUAUGAAAGCUCCUAGGUGCACGAGGCAGACGGAAGCUCAGCUAAACAAUCACAGUUCUAGACGAGGCCACUGCACUGCAGACUUUGCACGGUCUGCAACGGCAGCCUUUCUGCGCGUGCCGGCCUGAGCACUUUCUUUCUCCUAUUCCAGCUCUGAUGGUCCGCAGCGGUCUGUCGCUCUGGACAACGUCGAGCAGCAGCAAGCCGAGAGAGCACAAGCACAGACUCACGACGGGGUUGUUGCGCACGCUACACCUCCAGCACCCUGCUGCAGCACAAGUCGACAGCAGCACCGACGGUCCGCUCGAUGCAAACGCCCUAUAUAUGGCAGACGCCCGCAACGAGCACAACAAUGCUCCCCGCCGUCUCUCUAAACAGCCCUCCGCCACGAACCCCAGGUGGCGACGUCCGUCAUUCUCUUCUCCAAAGCCCAAGGACGACCAAGCUCCGGGUCCGGCUGCCGCAAAUAAUUCUGGCCCCGCUCCCGCACCGGUCUCCGCGUCUAAUUCGAACAGCAGUAACGCGACGACGAAUACUGGGAAUGCGAGUGCAGCCAGUAAUAGCGCGACAGCUGCCCCUGCGUCUACUCCAACCUCCUCUAACUCUGCCACGCCUCCUGCGCUCGUGCCCGCUCCGGACAGCCGGAAGGAAAUCAAGAAGCUUUUCCGCGAUCGAGACGACGACACGGCUACUGCCAGCGACAAGGAUAGUGAGUGUAGCAGACCGAUGAAGGUACUUGAAGAGCAGGCAGCCCGUCGCCAGAAACGCGCCCUCUCUGCCGACAACCUUCGUCCUCCCUCUACCCUCGUCCCCGAUUCUCUUCCCGUUCAGCCUUUACAAGAAAUUCCGGACGUUGCUCAGAUACGCUCAAAGUACAAUAUCUACAACCCUGUCGGUCCACGAUGGUACAAGAACCACCAUCUCAUUCCACCCCAGACCCGAAUGCCGCUGUCCUCAACCUUCUCCCCGUCUUUCCCUCCGACGCGUACUGCGAUCGGCGCGUCAGUCGAUGCUGGUCGUAUGCCAGGUCUGAGUAGGACGCCUUCAGGCUCGCCGCUCCCAACCCCGACAGCAUCGCAAACGCGUCUUGGUGAUGGUUACCCUCCCAAACGGUCGCGUAAGCUCUCCAAUACCGCACAUGACAAUGUCGACAUGCUCGAUGGCUCCGAUCCGUCAGGGAUGAAUUGGCAUCACCAAUCUCCAUAUGACGUCGGCGGCCUUAACGGACCCGCACCGCAAGAGCCUCCGCCCCGUAUAAAUGCAACCGGGCUCGCAAGCUCGGUGCGUCCGAAUGGAAAACCUACGAAUCCGUCACCGUUGCAUCAAUCGACAUCCGCCGUGCAUCUUACUCCUGAACCCCCUCACGCGACCGUCCCUCCGCGGACGCGCAAGCGUACACUGAGCAAACCUGCUGCUGGCAUUCGCAAAUUUUUCUCCCAGUCUAGUGAUGACGUUAUGAGGGAUAUGAGGUCGGCAUCUGCGCCUGCCACACCUGUAGAAGGCGAAUCGAACGAGUCUGCCGGGACCAAUGUUCAACAACGCAAACUUUCGAAGCGCGGUCGAACGGCUCCGCCCGCUAUGAUGGAUACAGCGACGAAUAUUCUGUCGGUCCCUACGAAUACGGAUAAGAAAGAAAAACGCUCGAGUCUCAUGGGUCGCAUUGGGAAGAAGUUCAGUGUAUUGCGCAAACCGUUGCACGAUCACUCUGGUUUCAUGGACCGACGGAAUGAGGAAGCCGUAAAUCGAGCACGGGAGCGCCGCCCCUCAUUAUCGUCUUCUAUCAGGGAAGGUACUGUUGCUGUCUCCAUACCUAGGAAGCUCAGCAAACGUAUACCUCCACCUCGCGUGGCACACCGCACGUCUGCGUCCAUCGACAUAGAAUUCCCGCUUACAGUGGGUCACCUUACCAUUGCAAAUCCUGAUCAACCGGGCUCCGAGACUGCUUCACCUGUGAGAGCGACGAAUGGUCUUACUGCGUCACCGCAGUCGUCUGUUGCACCCCUUCCACCUCCAAAGAACCCACCUAUGCUUUCGCCUGAUUCUGCGACUGAGGAUGAAGAGCCGCGCCCGAAGUCGGUUCUGCGCGUUACGAAUUCUCCAGAUCAUUCGCCGGAAGACACUCCGAUGCAGGAGCCAGAACAAUUACCGCUGACACCUGAACAUGCCCAAUUUGCACGUACUCAACACCAGAAUCCUCAGCCUGCGACACCUGACCCAGAACCGCCGCUUUCUCCCUUGCUUCCUCCCCCACCUCUUGGGCAUUAUAACCUACCUUCUAUUCCAUCCUUCUUCUCUCCUGCUGUAGUCUCUGUGUCACUUUCAACUGCCGACCUUGGCAGUCCGCCCCCGGUGCCUGCGAAGAACUUCGUCGAUCCUGCAACUCUCAUGGACUCACCUGCAUCGAGUGAGAUGGACAUGGAUAACAUGCCCGAUAUUGCUACGGAGCCGGAUUACGACCGUCGUGUGGAGACGCCGACUCCCGCACCGCCUGUUCCGCCCUUACCAGCAUCUCCAACGUCACCGACAACAGCAGCUGCCGCAUCCUCUUCUGCCGCGUUGCGUCAGCAAUCUGGACUCCGGAAAUCUUUUGUGCCUUUCCCUGGUUCGGAGACGUCACAGACACAGGAAGAAAGUCCAGCUCCACGGUUGUCUCGUGUGCAGAAGGGGAAAGACGUGGAUAUGGAUGACUCGCCGCUUAGUCGUGCGUCGUUGUAUGUGAAUCCGCCGACGCCGAUGGCACAUCCUUCGACGAUCCCGUUUGUCGCGCCGCCCCCGCCUGUUGGAGCGAAAGGGAUUCCGGCAUCCCAGUUGGCGGCUGUCGAGGCUGCGGAGGAGAGGCAACGUGAAAGGGAGAAGGCGAGGGAGGAAGCGAAGAUACUUGAGCGUGAGAAGGGUGAGAGGGUGAGAGAGUGGGAACUCGAGAAGGAGAGAGAACGGGAACGGGAGAGAGAAAGAGAGCGCGAGCGCGAGAGGGAGAGGGAACGUGAGCGUGAUAGAGAGCGGGAGAUAGAGAGAAAACGGGAAAUAGAGGCGGAGCGGGAGAAGCAGAGGCUUAGGGAGCAGCGAGAGAGGGAGAGGGAAAGGGAGCGAGAAAGGGAACGCGAGCAAGAACGGGAGCGGGAGAAGGAGAGGGAGAAGGAGAAAGAGAGGGAGCGAGAACGGGAAAGGGAGAAGGAGCGAGAGAAGGAGAAGGAAAAAGCCGCUCGUGCUGCACGGAGAGAAUCACGGCGGGAGGAGAAACGGAGAGACGAACGCGAUGUGGAGAAGGAUAGGUCGGUGAGGCAUGAAGAGAGGUCUUCGCGCUACGAGGAGCGUCCAAGAGGGGAUGAGAGGGGGUCGUAUUAUGAAGACCGAGCGAGAGCAGAGGAACGGACUUCUCGUUAUGAGGAGAAAACCAGACACGAGGAAAAGGACCGUUCACAUCGGCAGUCUAAGCGGGAGUCUGUGGGUGUAGACAAGGAUCGCGAUCGAGAGAAGAACCGCAGCUCGCGUAGGGACAGGGAGCGCAUGUCUACCACGGAGACCUUCAGGCUUGUGCGCUCGCCAUCGGAGAAUUUGCGCUAUAUGCAAGGUGUACCGAGUGCAAUUACUGUCGGUCAGGAACAGUGGACACUCGUAGAGGCUCCAAGGCGUGAUAGAGAUAAGGACCGGAGCUUGCGACGCGACAAGGACAAGGAGAGGGAGAGGGAGAGGGAGAAGGAGAAGGAGAAAGCAAGUCCUGAGAAGAGUUCACGCCGUCGUGAUAGUAGGAGGGAUGACAAGUAUGACAGCGUAUAUGGCUCGAGUCGUGCUCAUCAUAGACACAGCAGCACGAAAGACGGUCAGCGGGCGUCCGUAACGAUCACUCGCAUUCCAAUUGACGGUACAUUGCGGCACCAGCGCUCGUCGAGUCUCGACGAUCGGCAGGUCAACGGUGAUGCACAUGCAACCGAGAAAGACAAGGACCGACGAUCGUCGCGCCGAAGAGACAGUAAACAUGCAGGUGGUGGACACUCUUCGGAUUCACGCUCUUCACCGACUGGCGAGAACUCUCAUGCGAAUGGUAACGUAAAUUCUGGCACGAAUGCUGUGUCUUCGCUUGAGCGGCAUGCUUCACUACGCCGCGCAGUAUCUGACGUCCCAGCUGGUGCAGAACAGAUGAUGUCGAUUACUGCGCGUGAAGCCUGGGAGGCGGAUCGUAUUUGGAAGGGCAAGAGCAUGUAUGGUCCUGAAGACAGUGCAGCGAAUAUUCGUGGUGGCACUUCUAAUUACGACCCACGCAAUUCCGUGUACAGCGGUCAGAGUAACGUAGCGCCGCACGGUUCUGCGUACAUGAUACAGAGUCCGUAUUACGACUCUAGUCACCCUUCUCUCGCACAGCAUGGCUCCUUUUACGCAAUCCCUGUAUCUAUCGCGCAGCAUCCCUCGCCUCCGAACGCACAUGUUUAUUCUCAGGGAACGCUCUCUCCUGGGCGUUACGACUAUCCUAAUACGUAUCGCUCCUUUCCUGAGACCCUCGAUAUGAAUUCUCCGCCGCCACUUGCGAAUCCACUUCCGGAGCCGCCGAGGCAGUCUGCGUAUUCUCCUGAACCGCUUGUCUUGGACCCGCAAAUACGCCAUGAUGACCCUACUCUGACUCCUGAGUAUUGGAGCGUCUAUGCUGGCAUCACGACGCAUUGAGUUCCUCCUGACUUUCCAAAUUAAACUAAAAAUCGUUGUACCACUCGAAGCAAGUCAAAUCAAGCUCACGCACACACGUCUUCGGACUACCAAGCAAGUUUUAUUCAUCUAUCUAGAUCUGUUUAUUUUAUUACAUACAGGCAAGCGUUUUGCGUUUAAACACCUGGCAUAUUUUCUUUUUUUGUGCAUUUCAUUUCAUACCCUUUGUUCCGUGUACAUGUUCUUGGGCUUUGUUUCUUUCUUCAACCUCCUUUUCUUACACUUCUUCCGCUUCAUUUCCCUUUUUUUUUCGACUUAUCUUUCUGCAACCAUCUGUUAUUUAUUCUGAUGAUGAUUGAUGAUUUUGAUACCGUGCUAAUGCCAAUGACGGACUACCUUAUUCCAUUUUUUGGUUGUUUCUUUUGUUUUCUUUGUGCUGUUCGUUCGUACGUGUACGAGCGAUGCCUACCUACUAUCUCCUAGCUAGGUUACUGUUCC